AGAUCCUGAUCAAGGUACAGGUAUACGUGAGCGGAGAGCUGGUGCCCCUGGCCCGGGCCUCAGUAGACGUGUUUGGGAACCGCACUCUGCUGGCCGCUGGUACCACGGACUCGGAGGGCGUGGCCACACUACCCCUCAGUUACCGCCUGGGCACCUGGGUGUUGGUCACUGCUGCCCGCCCGGGUUUCCUCACCAACUCCGUGCCUAUAUGCCUCCGUCAGCCUCUACCUGCUCCCAGAGCGGCCAGCCACCCUCAUCCUUUAUGAGGACCUUGUGCACAUCCUCCUAGGCUCUCCAGGUGCCCGCUCCCAGCCCUGGGUGCAGUUCCAGCGCAGAGCUGCCCGGCUGCCUGUCAGCUCCACCUACAGCCAGCUUUGGGCUUCACUGACACCUGCCAGCACCCAGCAGGAAAUGCGGGCUUUCCCUGCCUUCCUGGGCACAGAGGCCUCCAGCUCAGGCAAUGGCUCCUGGCUGGAGCUGAUACCCCUGGCCGCUGUGAGUGUACACCUUCUAACGGGCAAUGGGACAGAGGUGCCGCUCUCAGGCCCUAUUCACCUGUCCCUGCCAGUGCCCUCAGAGCCUCGUGCCCUGGCUGUGGGCACCAGCAUUCCAGCCUGGAGAUUUGACCCCAAGAGUGGGCUGUGGGUACGAAAUGGCACUGGUGUGAUUCGGAAGGAAGGCCGCCAGCUCUACUGGACUUUUGUCUCCCCACAGCUGGGGUACUGGGUGGCUGCCAUGGCCUCCCCUACAUCUGGGCUGGUUACCAUCACCUCAGGCAUCCAAGACAUUGGCACCUACCACACAAUCUUCCUGCUGACCAUCCUGGCCGCUCUAGCCCUGCUGGUUCUCAUUCUGCUGUGUCUACUGAUCUACUACUGCCGGAGACGCUGCUUGAAGCCAAGACAACAGCACCGCAAGCUGCAGCUCUCCGGCCCCUCGGACAACAAACGAGAUCAGGCCACGUCGAUGUCUCAACUCCAUCUCAUCUGCGGGGGACCCCUGGAGCCUACAUCUUCGGGAGACCCCGAGGCCCCGCCCCCAGGCUCCCUACACUCGGCCUUCUCCAGCUCCCGGGACUUGGCAUCCUCCCGAGAUGACUUCUUCCGUGCCAAACCGCGCUCCGCCAGCCG